GCGACGGUAUCUUAACUUACCUGCCUGCCUUGCAUCGAAGACUGGAAGCUUUCUAGAACUUCUAGGUGCCUAUACCCUUGCUUUAUUAAUCUAUUUCCAACACGCUUUUCCCGGCACGCACCCGGCACGGCCCUCCAGAUCCGUGGAUCACGAAUAUCUACCUGCCUUACCUACCUCAAAACUACCCCCGUCCUACACUUCGACAACACCCCCCAUACAAUAAUAACACAUCUCGAAGCUAUCGUGGACCAGAGUCGAUGGUCCUCUCGAGAAGCUUUCGGUGGCUUUCAGAUCUGCGUUGUCACAAAGGACGGGCAAUCACGGCAACCUCGGACGCAGGAUCUUUAAUUUGAGAUCUCGAGAACACGACGUACAGUGAACAUGGCGACUGCACAGGAUAUCCCCGAACGACCUGCUCUCCGUCGAGAGUCCCCAUCUCCAUCCGCCUCGCCGACUCCAGCAAUAGGGGCAUGUCCAGGGCUCUCGCGUUGUGUCUCAACGGCUUCUACGGGGUCUCUCUUUUCUGGCAGCUCCAGUACAAUGGGACGAGAAUCCCUGGCCGGCUCAGUUAUAAGUGUGGGGUCCCGAUCAUCGUCUGCGAGCUACUCAUCUCGAUAUUCAACGGGAGGCCAUGAGAAAUCGAAGAGGCGUGGAUACGUUCGACCCCAAGGGACGGAUUUCGCGGCAUCGGCCAAGUCGAGAGAAAGUGUCCUAAGCCUAGGCAGCAUAGUCCAUCUCCAAUACUACUUCGCGCGGACAGGACUCUUGGACGGGAAAGGAGGACGAUUGGCCAAGAAGAAGGAAACCCACCCGCCGCUGGACCUGUCGGCUUUGGAUACAUCAUUCCUCACACCAAACGGGGUUGGUUCAGACGUGGACUCGUCGUAUGCAUCGAUGGGCAGCAGCCCGGAGCUCGUCGCACAAGGACUGGAUGGGAUGAUGGUGGAGAGCCCUACACAAGAGGAUGAGGACGAGGACGACUAUUUCAGCGGUGAAGAAGGCGACGAACCACACAUGCUUCCUCCGACUGUAAGCACAUAUAUCCACCGCGAGAAGAUUAUCCCCCCGCCACCGAGCCUCGAAGAACUCAAAGACGAUCUACAAAAGGCCCUAGUAGAAGCAUCCAAAGUUCUCGAAGAUGCCAAGCAAAACCAAAACCCCCCGCUCACCUCUCCGCCCACCUCACCACCUCGUAUAAUAACAUCUGACGCACCAACGACACCCGGCUCACCAAAUGCCUCAUCACCCACUACUGAACGCGGAUGGUAUGAAUUGCAGGGAAUGCAUAUUCUAGAUAUCAUGACUUUGGCCAUCCGUGCAGCGAAAAUUUAUUAUACAUCCCACGAUCAACCAGCACGUCUUUCAACUAUCAAGUCUGAACGACAAAUCCGAUCGGAAUUACUUUCCGUCAUGGAUGUCCUGAAACGAAUGGCCACAAGGAAUUUUGCCUCCGGAAUGAAAUUAGAAGAACGAGAGAUUAUGGAAAGCUGGAUAGAAAGCGUGCAUGAAAUGUUAAAGCUGGAAGAGGAGAUGGAAGAGGCAGAGAGACAACGAAGGGCCAGCUGGACCUGGCUGCAUGAUUCCUGGAACGGCGGAGACAUCGAGAGGGAAUACGCCUUCAUAAAAUCUAUGGAUCCCGACCCCGACACGAUCCCAGAAUUCAAAUCCGUAGAUGAUUUUGAGGAUGAGAAUUUACCAACAGAGUUUCUCAAAGAGAUGAGAACCGGCAUGAGAUUGAUCAAGUUACAUAACGCCGUGGUAAGGAAAAGCAAGAGACCGUUUGGGGCCAUUGAUAGGUGGCAUACCAAUUUCGACAAACCAUAUCGAUGCGCGGAAAACUUGAGGUAUUGGAUCAAAGCUGCGGAGUUGAGAUGGGAGGUUAUCCUGGAUGUAGAUGUUAUGGGGGUAGUCCAUGGAACGGACAGGGCUGCCUGGAAGGGGUUCGAGGAAGCAAUCUGGAAGUGGUGUGGUAAGGUCCGGGCAGAGAUUUCUUCAGAACUGAAGGUUUAAGUCGAGAGAUGCGCGAUGAUUCCAUGAUGGUUAUGAAGCCAACACUCAUAUCUAAUAAGAGAGAGGUUCUAGGGACCCCCAAGCCUUCUUAAUUGUACAUAGUAUAGGGGUUGGAGGGUCUACUUUUGCUUCGAUCGCGCUAUACCCAGUCUCAGUUGAUUUACAGACAUUCUGAUCAAAGAGCAGAUUCAUACAAAACGUUUGCCGCGG